GUUAACCGGGAUAAAUUUCUUACGAUUCGUCUGAUCAGAUUUGUUACGUUUAGCCGAGAAAGAUAGAACGAUUUGCUCAUAUUGAACAUUCCAUUUUAGUAGCCUUUCUAGAACUUUAGUGUAUUAAAGCCGCUGUAGAAUGGCCAGUUGUCAAGCCUUGUUUCUACGUGGUACUGUGUUGUUUACAGUUGGAGUGUUUUUUGCCCUUGUUUUAAAUUUACUGCAAGUUCAAAGACAUGUGACCGUGUUUCCCCCAGAAGUUUUAGCCAGUAUAUUUUCUUCAGCUUGGUGGAUUCCACCUAGUUGUGGCACUGCUGCUGCUGUAAUAGGUCUCCUGUAUCCAUGCCUAGAUACUAAACUAGGUGAAACACAGUAUUAUAAACGAGAAUGGUCUAGUGUUAUGAGAUGUGUGGCUGUAUUUGUUGGUAUCAACCAUGCUAGUGCUAAAAUUGAUUUUGCUAAUAACAUGCAGCUAUCAGUAACAUUAGCAGCUAUGUCAAUUGGGUUGUGGUGGUUGUUUGAUAGAUCUAGGAGUGGCUUUGGUCUUGGUGUUGGUAUAGCAGUUCUUGCCACCUUCGUUACUCAGUUACUGGUCUACCAUGGUGUUUAUAGGUAUACAGAGCCAGACUUCUUGUUUGUUAGAUCUUGGUUACCAUGCAUAUUUUUCUCUGGUGGUGUUACCAUGGGUAAUAUUGGAAGACAACUUGCUAUGUAUGAUGAAGUUGAUACUGGGAAUGCUAAAGAAAAGAAUGAUUGAAAAAGGAUAGAGAGAAGAAAGGAUGAACAAAGAGGAAUAAAUCUGUUAAAUUAUUGUUGGUUUGGAUAAAUUUGGAUCUCAUUACCUCAGUUAACUUUCUUGAUCAUCAUGUCUCAUAUCAUACUGGAUGACCACAUCUACUCAUACCUUUGACUGGAAGGUUAUGUCUACUCAUAUGAUUUACUGGAAAGUUUCUUAUCAUCCUGAAUGGACUAUCUUUUGAUUCAAGAACUCUGCUUACUACUACUUCAUUGGACUGGAUGAUCAAAUCUAUUGGUAAAUCCCAAGGCAAGAUGAAGUCUAAUUACUGGAAGUCUUCAUCUUUACUGGGCAUCCAUGUCUACUUUUUCAUCAUCAUAGUGGACAAAAUCUGCAUACUUCUGAAAGAAGCCUACUUCUAGACUGUCUAUCUGUACAUUUUACUGGAUCAUAAAGUCUACUCGUAAUCUAUCCUGGAAGAUAAAGCCUAUACUAUUCAUAAAUUCUCCAUAAAUCAUUAUUGGAAGAAGUCAACUCUAGAA